GUCAUUGGGCUAUUUGGAGAUACUGGACAAAGAACCUGCGUCAUGAUUCCUGUUCACGACUCAAAGAGAUGUCGAGUAGCGAGGUCUAUAGAUUUCUUUGUCCAUUACUUUGGGUCUUUCACAUCCCAUCACAUUACUGGGGAUCCUCAUUACGUGAAGUUAUAAUUUCAUCCUUCGAAAUUAACCAAUUCCUAUUGAUACUGAAUAUCCUACUAGUUGCUCAAUAAAUUGCGUAAAAUAUAGUCAGUGAACCUCACCAUGCAGACAAAUAACUUCUUGCUGAAAACAAUUCCAUGGCUUCUUACCCUAUUAAACUCCAUUCAACUCAUCACUGCUGAUUCUUCAGCCGGACAGCCAGGCAAUCGGAAGUCCCCCGGUCGCUAUGUCUUCGCUCAUUUCAUGGUAAUCAAUCCCUUCUCGUAGAUACCAAAACCCACUGACACCCACAGGUUGGCAUAGUAAGCAACCGCGCCAGCUCCUCCGACUAUGACACUGAUAUGCGACUCGCUCGCCGCGCCGGCAUCGAUGCAUUCGCUCUCAACAUCGGUACCGACGCUUUCACAGACACACAACUCGACUACGCUUAUGCAUCCGCCGCCACAAACCAUAUGAAAGUAUUCUUGUCCUUUGAUUUCAAUUCCUGGAACCCGAGUGACUUCUCUUCAGUAGGCACAAAAAUCGCAAAAUAUGCUAAUCAUUCUGCACAAUUAAGUGUCGAUGAUAAAGUCUUUGUAUCUACUUUUAUAGGCGAUGCUCUUAACGUUGCAGAUUUGCGAGCAAAAGCAGGGGUCCCCAUAUUCUUUGCACCGAAUUUCAGUCCGGGUUCGUCUAAUUUUCAGGAAUUGGAUGCCGCGUUUAAUUGGAUGGGUUGGCCUAAUAAUGGUGCCAACAAAGCGCCAUCUUCUUCGGCAAACUUCACAGUUCGUGAUGGUGAUGUGGCUUAUAUGAAUGCGUUGGCAGGUAAAGAUUACGUGGCACCUGCUAGUCCGUGGUUUUUUACACAUUAUGGACCAGAGGUGCCGUAUAGUAAGAAUUGGGUCUUUCCGGCUGAGGGACAGUGGGUGCAGAGGUGGCAGGAUUUAUUGGGGUUGGAAACGAGGUUUGUGGAGAUUGUUAGUUGGAAUGAUUAUGGUGAGUUCCAAAAAUUUACGCGUGAUUGGAGUGGAAGAGAUUCUGAUUUGGAAUAGGCGAAAGUCAUUACGUAGGCCCGCUAUCUUCUCAACAUACUGAUGAUGGAAACUCGAAAUGGACAAAUGAUAUGUAAGAUUCCUUUUAAUACUAUAGUCCACUUAAUCGAAUUGUACUAACACAACCAGGCCUCACGGAGCAUGGCUCACACUCGCCACCCCCUUUAUCCGCGCCUUUCGCGCGGGCGCCACCUCCCCCGCCAAAUACAUAAACCGAGACCUCAUAGUUUACUGGUACCGACCCAAUCCUCUCUCUCUCAACUGUGACGCAACCGACACAACCAUGCUCGACGCAUUCAAUUCAUCCGGCGAAUACUUCCACGGUAAACCCAAUGGAUGGGAAACCGAAACCGAUACCAUCUUCGUAACAGCUCUUCUCAAAUCCCCCGGAAACAUAACCGUCGUUUCUGGAAACGGUACUUUUCAAUUCAAUGCCGUGCAAGGCGUAAAUGCAUUUACGGUACCAAUGGGAGUAGGAAGUCAAAUUUUUGGGCUCUGGCGAGGUGGGAAAGUAGUCUUGCAGGAAACGAGUCCUAUGAAUGUAACGGAGAUUUGCGCGUGUGGAAAUUAUAAUUUCAAUGCGUAUGUAGGACGAGUUCCUUCUUCGAGAGAAAAAGAUCAGUUGCAGCCUGCUGGGACGGCUUUGUUGACGAAUGGCAUUAGGGUUCCGCCUGCUCAGUGUGUGGCUGUUACUGGGAGUGCGGGGGAAGUUGGUGAUGAUGAUGGGAGUGUGAGUUUUUCGGAAAGUACCAGUGAGACUUUUGCUAGUAGUGAGAGUACUAGUGAGAGUAGUACUAAUCAGAAGAGAGCUUGGGGAUCGCCGAGUCGCUGGGAAUGGAUUAGGGGCUGGAGGGACUUUGUGGAUUUGGGCUAGGGUUAGGUAAUUGAUUUUUCGGGUGGUUCAUUUGCUGUUUCGUUUCUUUUUGUGUUUUUAUUUUGGUUAUAGUUCGGGCACUUUUUAGGGCUGGAUGUUUUUGUUCGUUGUUGCAAAAAUGUAAAUUUCAAAGAGAAAGCUCAAGUGCUCUUGGUUUAUCGCAUUUAAGUAUGUUUAUAAGACGAUAAUAAAUGUACUUUCCCAAC